AUAAAAUUUCAAAUAGAGAAUCAUUAUAUAUAUAAAAAUUUUUAUUGUUUGCAAGACGAAUAAUGAAAUAAAAGUAUUUUUGAUAUUUUACAUAGAAAAAAAAUGCCUGGAAUAGUAUUUUCCACUUUUCCAAAAAUAUUAUUUUUAAUGAUAUUCGCUAAUUUAUUUUUUCAAGAAAUAACAACUGAAAAUAGAGAGUGCAUUGUUAAGUAUGGUGAUCUUUGUGAUCCCCAAGCAAUCUAUCCAUUUUGCAAUAAUGAUAAUUUUAUAUGCAGACGUUCAGAUGCAAGUGGAUUAUUCAUAUUCGUGGAAAUAGAUCAUUUGGGAAAACAUUGUAAAAAUGAUAGCGAGUGCGCCAAAAUAAGUAACGCAAUAUGUUCAAAGGAAAAUAUAUGUGUCUGUAAAAGUAAUUAUAUUCAUAAACCCUACAAUUCGACAUGCUUACCAUUGUUAGGUGAGGACUGUUCGACUUUUCACGAAUGUGCUCCUGAAAAUUCUGAGUGUUUUCUUGAUGAAUGCAGAUGUAAAUCUGGAUAUUUGCAAAUUUUAAAUAAACGAUGUGAACCUCUCCUUUUGGGAUAUUCUUGUAGAACUAGCGAAGAUUGCGGAUAUAUACUCAAUGCAGAAUGUUCAGAAGAUAAUGAAUGUGUUUGUAAAUCAGAUUAUAUUGCAACAAGCAUGUCAAUGUGCGGAUUGCGUUUAGGAAAAUAUUGUCAUGAAAAUACUGCAGAUUGUUUGCGUAAUGCUAUUUGCUUAGAGAACACAUGUCAUUGCAAGGAGAUGUAUUUACCUGGACCUAAUGAUGAAUGUUUCCCAAACUUCAGGCAUUUAGACUACGUACAAAAAAGCGAUAAUCGUAGUUGCAAGCGUGAAGAUUAUUUCUUAUGCUUGAAAGAUGGAACAUGUAUUUGUCAACACAAUCACAUUGUAGUUAACAAAGUAUCCUGCGAACCUCUUUUGAAUGAAAACUGUACAGAAACUCAGUCAUGUGCUGUCCCAAAUUCCGUUUGUAUUAAUAAUGUAUGUCAAUGCAAAACUAACUUUGUUCCCAAAUUUAACAAUCGUUGUGUAGCCAAAUUUCUAUUUGAAUCAUGUAAUAGUGAUUUGGAUUGUAGUGAAAUAAGACAUUCAAAAUGUUCCCAGGAUAAAGUUUGCGUUUGUAAACAAAAGUAUAUAGCAUCAAACACACAAGUGUGUACUUUAGCUCCAAAAGGAUAUUGCACACGUAAUAAAGAUUGUAAAAUUGAAAAUUCUAUUUGUUUUGAUCACGAGUGUAAAUGCGACUCUGAUUUUGGCCCUAUAUCUGAUCGCUAUUGUUUACCGUUGAUUUCAAAUAAUUUCUGUAAUCACGAUAAAGAUUGUAUCCAUAUUCCACAUGCAGAGUGUUCAGUGCAUAACGUAUGUACUUGUAAGUCAAAUUACACUGCAGUAAAUGGGACAGUAAUAUGUGCAUCGCUUUUGGGCGGGGAAUGUUUAAGAAGUCAAGAUUGUUAUACUAAAAAUUCAAUGUGUUCAGAUUCGAAAUGUAAAUGUCAAAAGUGGAAUGAAGCUCUGUCACAAUACCGUUGUGAGCCAUAUAUUUUAGGAAAAUCUUGUGAAGAGGAUAACGAUUGCGUUAACAAUGCAAUAAAUGCAGUAUGCUCAAAAAGUAAAGUAUGCGUUUGCGGAAAUAAUUAUUUUUUUGAACAUGGUAUAUGUAAGCCAACUGAGAGAGGAGCUUGUUCAGUUGACAAACCGUGCUACCGUAAUUUUCAUUGUCUUAAUGGUAGGUGUCAAUGCGGAUGGAAUUCGGUAACUGUGUCUAAAUCCCAAUGUCAACCACGACUCUCGACAAUUACUUGUGAUACGGAUUCAGAUUGCGGAGAUCCGUGGCAUUCAAAAUGCUCCAAAACUAAUUAUUGCAAAUGUAAACAAAAUAAUACGUUGAUUGACAGAGUAACAUGUGCACCACUGAUAGAUGGACUUUGUUGGAAAGAUAGUCAAUGCAUUGUUGAAAAUUCUGUUUGCGUUGAUUUUCAUUGCCAAUGCAUAGAACCAACAUAUUACGCUAUUUCUAAUAAUUACUGUAAACAACUGUAAUUUUUUAAUGUAUCCCGGGAAAUAGUACUUGGCCAAAUAAACUAAAUCUGACCGAAAUCACGCAAGAUGACUUUUUUUUACCUGGAAUGCAUUAUAAAUAUCUGAAUUGUUCUUGUUUGACAUCAUUAUUUACGUGAGAAAAAAUAAAUGUUUUAAGUUAAUUGUGUAAAGAACUUAAAUUAUUAUCGCAAUAAUUUAUUACAUUACAUGUACUAGCACUAUGAUUGA